GCGACCCCUUUGCUCAAGCCGGCAGUCGAUCACCCGUUACCAAGCCACCAAAGCCAAUGCUCCGAACAUUGUAACGACAAACACAUAACCAUUUCUACAAUGGCCACCGUCUACAAUGUCACAGAAGCCGCUGUGGCUGCCCAACCCAAUAUGGGUGGCGCUCAGUUCGCCUCUCAUACCUGGUUGGAACCUAUUAUCGUCCUAACUAUUAUGAUCACCUCUUUAACACUCAACCGUCGACAUAAUUUCCGCAUCCUAGAAGCCAAUCGAGGUCGCUCGACUACUCGAUCACUCCUGCCCCAUGACAGCCAGGCGUCCUCUCCCGAUGGCUCCGUCGAUUCCGGCUCUUACCUUUCUGGCGACUCUGAUGUCUUGACCUCGACCAAGUAUCCUCCGAAGAAGCGCAACUGUUGCGGUAUGCUUGUGCGUACGCCAAACUCUUCGCGCUUUGCCGAUCACAUCCACAGCCGGAUCCUUGCGAAAUUCCCCUUCCUCAUUGAAAUGUUCUACUGGGUCCUGAACCUACUGUUCUAUGUGCUCACCAAGGCCAUUGCUCAAACAUUCUUCUCCAACUACGACGGCUUGCGUGAGCUCGCACAAGACCACGGCGUGCUCAUUUUGGAUAUUGAGCACAAGUCCUGGUUAAGCUUUUUAUUUCCGAUCCAGGAGAGAGACUUUCAAGCUUGGUUCCUCAAUGGACAUUUGACGGCUAUUACCUUUUUGAACCGCAUCUAUUCUCUUGUACAUAUUCCUGGUACCGUUACCUUUUUGUCGUGGUACUAUUACUCCGCCCCGAACCAUGACACCUUUGCCGUCGUCCGCCGAACAAUGACGUUGGGUAACUUUUUCGCCUUCGCCAUCUUCACCGUCUUCCCUACGAUGCCGCCUCGACUACUACCCAAGGAAUAUGGAUUCCACGACACUGUCCGUCAAGCCGAUGCCGAAUCAGUAUGGGUUGGGGGAAACUACGUCAAUCAGCUCGCGGCGAUGCCUAGUCUACAUUUCACCUAUGCUUUUGUUAUCGGAUGUACUUUCCUGUAUCAUUCCGGAUUGCUUCGACGCACGCGUAACGAGCCACGAAAAUCCAUUUUCACGCAGACCGCUUUCUCGGUCGUUGGCAUUUUAUACCCCUUGCUUGUUCUGACUGUUAUUGUGGCAACGGCGAAUCACUAUUAUUUGGAUGCUGUAGUCGCCAUGAUUACUGUUUCGCUGUCAUUAUUGGCCAACAAAGCGUGGAUGUUCCUUCUGCCGGCAGAGGACAUCCUCUGUUGGGUGUUGAGAGUGGACAAGCCUGUGCCGACGACGGGCGACAGGCUACUGAGACAACAGGGUGCGAAGUAUCAGCCCGUCAAGGAUGAGGAAGAUCCUUGAGCGUAUUCACUGUGUGCAUUCCACGAAAAGCCUUUUUCUUCGGCCUUGAGGGGAUCUUAUUGGGGCUGUGGCUCGGUUGGACUAAUGGGGA